CGCAUGCGCAGCAGACGCGGGGCUGGGAGUGUCUGAGCGGCUCUCGGCGAGGGAACCCAACCCGCAGCCCCGGUGAACAAUGAGCCGGUGAGCAGCGGCUGGCCAGAGGAGGACAUGAUUUUUGGCCAAACGGAGAUGAACUGGACGUCCGAGGAGUGUCGAGGCGGGGGGGAGGAGGGGAGAUAGGGGGGGGGGGGGGGUGUCGGUUCUUCGCCUGCACAGAUUUAGCUGGGUAUCCGUGGUGUGAAUGACCUCUAACGGUACAGGGAAUUAGUCUUUUCUAAUACUUUGUUGUCCGCAGAGUCAACGUUAGCGUUACAUUCGCUUAGUGUUGAGCUUUCACAGUAUUGCCAUUCAAAAUAGGGUGACAGCAAAUGUAUCUCCUUUACAUGAAUAUCUGAUCAUUGAAUGGAUUACAGUUAACCGCAUUUUACCAAAGAGCUGAAUAGUUACAGCAAAGUCCUUCUUUGUUAUUAUUUUUUCAUUAUUUUUGUUCACAAUGGUGGCGCGAGCCGCUUGAUGCCAUGAGCUGGCCAUCUGUGGUGGAAACCUUCUUGGACCUGCAAGCCGAUUAACCAGUGAGAGGUUCAAGGUUCAUCGGUACGGACAUCUCUGUGCCUCGCCCCCCCCCCCCCCCCCCUGCCGGAGGAGGGAUGCUGAGGCCCGUGGUGGGCUCACUGGAGCAGAGAGACGAGGAGCCGGAGGAGGAGGGCGAAGAGGAGCUGAGGGAUGGAGGGGUGCCUUUCUACGUGAACAGAGGAGGCCUCCCGGUGGACGAGGACACCUGGGAGAGGAUGUGGCGCCACGUGGCUCGAAUACACCCCAACGGAGAAGCUCUGGGGAAGGAGAUCCGGGGGAACACUGACCAUCCCAAGAUUCCGAUGCCGAGCGUGCCUACGUACCAACCUACCGCCACCAUCCCACAGCGCCUGGAAGCCAUACAGAAAUACAUCAGGGAACUGCAGUAUAAUCACACCGGAACACAGUUUUUUGAAAUUAAGAAGAGCCGGCCUCUUACCGCGUUGAUUGACAUUGCUAAAGAGAUGACGCGGGAGGCUCUGCCGAUCAAAUGCCUGGAGGCGGUGAUCCUGGGGAUUUACCUCACCAACAACAUGCCCGGUGUGGAGCGCUUCCCCCUCAGCUUCCAGUCGCACUUCUCAGGGAACCACUUCCACCACAUCGUGCUGGGCGUCCACAGCGGGGGCCGCUUCGGAGCGCUGGGCAUCAGCCGGAGGGAGGACCUCAUGUUCAAGCCCCUGGAGUUCCGGACGCUGAUGGACCUGGUGCAGGAGUUCGAGGGAGCCUACCGGAGCUACUGGCACACCCUGAGCAAGGUCCGCAUCGGCCAGUACGUGUCCCACGACCCUCACAGCGUGGAGCAGAUCGAAUGGAAGCACUCCGUGCUCGACGUGGACAAGCUGACCAAGGAGGAGCUGCGGAAGGAGCUGGAGAGACACACCCGAGACAUGAGGCUGAAGAUAGGAAAGCCCGCACCGCCCUCCCCCACCAAAGAUCGGAGAAACAGCAUGGGUUCCCCCCUCCGAGGGCCGAGCAGCCCCGUACGCCGCAUCAGCCGCGGCGAGAGGCGUCCCUCCGGAGAGAAGAAGGUUUUGGAGCAGAAGUCCUCCACGGACAUUAAUGGAUACCAGAUCCGAGUCUGAACUUCAGCUUGCUUGUAAAGUUUCGAGGUACCACACACUCUGUGAGGCUCAUUUCUUCGUGGGCAUUCUCUCCUCACGGGAUGCCACGUUCACCAGCAACCGUCCCGCUCAGAAACAAAAGCCUCAUUCAGCGUCCCUCCAUCCACGUGGUCAAGAGGCUUUUUUUUUUCUGGAGAAGUUAGUCAUUAGGCAACGUUCCCAAAUGAUAAAAAAGGGGCCAAGAGUGCAGCACGUUGUAAACGUUGGAGUUAAGAACCUAACACAUGUUAAAAAACUCUUCUGCUGUCGGCAUCGUCGUACUGUAAGUGUGCGAAUUCCUGUAAUGUCAUUUUAAAACCACUGGGCAGCGGCUGCUUGUGUAGUGACCAGUGUGAAAAACUACCCUUGUGCCUUUGUACGAAAACUCAAAGAGAGGACUUUUCAUAUCCACCCCCUUUAUUCUCAUUAUUCAACUAAACUAAACACACAGCAGGGUCAUCUCUGCUCUCUUCCCAAAAUGUUAACAGCCAAUGUGUACGUGAGACCGUUUUUGAUCUGGUACCCAAAUGCUAGCACGAUUAAGCAUGCUAUUCACCGCAUAAGGACUGAACAUGGGAUUGAACGCGCGGUGUACAGGAGUAUAUUUAGGGUCGUGUCGUCUGCAGCGUGAUGACAUGAGAGAGUACUACGAACCUUUCACACCGAGGUGACUCACAGCAGCUGACUGACCUCUACCACACUUCCUUUAGAUGUAAAGUUAGCAGUAAAGUCGAUGUGUAACUGCUUUAUAUAUAUAUACACACAGUUUCUAACGUUUAUUUGUAGCAACUUUAUUUGAUAUUCCACUCGCCUCAAGUGGGGUGACGUCCAUUUAGGCCACGGUGUAAAGAAGUUUGUUUACAGCAAUUUUAUCUGCAUUUUGUAUUUUUUAUUGUAAAUUGUGUCAUUUUAUACUUCCUUCUGUGUGCACCUGUAGACCAAAAUGUACCACACACACUUGGGAAUAUGUUGCCACAGCCAACAUGUUUAUGUGUACAGUAGGUGUUGUCCAUUAUCAUUUCAGUGCUUUAAUGUAAAAUAAUAAGUUUGUACCAAAAGACUGUUCAUUCAAAGGGUCAAAACAAUAAAGGGUCACAUGGACUGUGACAACACAAUGUAA